GUGAGCAAAGACGAUCCUUUUUAUAUACCACUGUUCACACUUAGGCGCAAACGACGGUAAUCGUCCCACUAUGUUUCAGAUAACAUGACGUACCGGAAAGCCUAGAGCACGUUUGGAAAAAACAAGAUGGCCGAUUCAAAGGAGUUGAUAAAACCACGUCGCAAGCGUCGUCGGUUUACGAGACUAGAAUAUCCAUUUCCAGUGCCACAACAGAAGAAUAGGGAUGAGAAUAAGUGGUAUUAUUAUCAAGGUUUCUUAAGAGAUAAUUGUGUUGCUGUAGAAAACAUUGGGGAUCUUACAUUUUUGUACAAAAUGGUGAGUGACUGAGUCGUAUAAAUGUACAACGCUUCACAGCUAGGGUGUAGUCAUAUUUCUUAUCAGAUUUUAAAUUGUUAAAUUUGGUAAGUUUUGAAGCAAAAAUAAAGGUUUCAGUCGUAACUGUUGUGAUCAUAAUGCCAAUGUAAUACUAAUAUUUGUUGAUAUAAAUAUAUAAAAUCGACACUCAGUAGAGACGUGAUCUGCAUAAAGCUCAAUAAAACACAAGAUAGAUCCACACUAAUUCAUGAUGGUUGACAAUACAGCCCUCGAAAACCGUCAAAAUUGAGGUCGGCAAAAAAAUGUGGACCUAAAUCUGACCUAGGUCCAGGGGCACACAUUAGGGGGGUGUGGGUGUGGGGGGGGGGGGUGUGACACCUAUGUUUUGUGAAAUAUAUCUAAAAAGUCUGUCCCAAAACCUGAAUGGGACGAAAAAGUCGGUCCGGCUAAAAUCUGAAAGAUAUUAUCAUUUUGUGUCGAAAAAAGUAAUAGGUGGACAUUCUGGAUAUGGAAGUUGCAUAAACAUAAGAAAAACGAAUUAGAUAAAGAAAAACGAAUUAGACAUACACAAAUUAGAGUUCACUGACACAAACCAAGAGAGCAAAUAAUCAACUUCCGUGUUGCAACAGUUCAACCAACGUAAUGCGAUCCGAUUACCUCAAGCCCCCGCGGUGCAGUUAAAAUGUGCAUUGUUAGUCUUGUCGUAAAAGCUGAAACUUUGGAAGGCAGAAGUAAAUCAGCGGCGUAGCCGAGAUGGGGGCUCGGGGGCUCUGCAAUGGGCAUAAGGACUGCCCUUGUGGAAAGCUGAAAUCCGGGCAGAAAUUGGCGUGGGCAUACGAUAUGUGAAUAAUGAUACCCAUCUCUUCUGUUUGCCAAUAAAAGUUGAAGUCUUCCCUACCUAGAAUCCUAACUCCAGUAAAAAAUGCCUAUGGUUGCUUUAAAGCACAUUUGAACUUGAACUUGCGCUCAAAGCAACACUCAUGACCGACUUCUACAAAAACGAAGACAUGAUGCUACAGUAUUUUGCCGUUGUAUUUGCGUAUACAAUACUAUGUUUUACAUAAACAUUUUUUCGAUCUAACAACAUUAGGCGACUUAAAAUGCCUUUUUGUGGUUGUAACUUUCUUCAAACCUCGUCCUAAAAUACGUGAAAUAGCGUUCUAAUGAAUCUAGAAAUUCAAAAUUUUCCUCGCGCCUAGGGCGCUCGCACUCGAAGUCCAUAAAAAUUUUGCCCCCCCCCCCCCGAAAGUUUAGACCACUGCAAAAGUUCUGAAAAACUGAACGUUUAUUUAAACUCUUGGAAUACUAUCCCCGUCAUACCGUCUAUGCGCUUUAAAUAGUUGGCUUUUUUUACCAAACACAAAUACUACAAAAGUCGGUCCCAGAACAUAGGACACCCCCCCCAAAUGUUUUUCGAAUGUGCGCCCCUGCCUAGGUCGGCACGUCUCGGCAUUUUUUAAAAUCUGUUUCCCUGUCUUGGUCGGAGCACGAGUAGUAGUAAUCACGUAUUUACGAAUCAUUGACGGCUUUUCACGAAGGCUUUUCUUUUAGAGUCUUACCUAAAUUAUAUAUAGAAUACUCGUCAAUUUUUAAACCUUACACCGAAGAGAAUCGAAUUCUAUAAUCGCUGACUUUUUAACAGCUAUCAGCACCAAAAAAAAAUUCUUACUUUGGCUGAAUUAAGGUCGGCAAAAAAUUGCCGACCUGGGAGGUUGAUAGGCCGGCAUUUAGAUCGAAUGGGCUGCAAUAGCUAUGAUCAAAUUAAACCAGCAUUAACUGGUCUGCCAAAUAGACCGAGUUGAUGUCAUCAAUUUUUCAUCUGAAUCAUCUCGCUAUCUACAGAUCUUUGCCAAAAAUGGACCUCAGAAUUGAAAUCGUCAUGCUCUAUACCGAAAAGUUCAGGAUGUUUGGACUUUCAGGGCACGAGUUACGGCAUUUUGAAAAUUUUGUUUUCAGAUUUGUAGUGGAAUUUAGAUUUGUAUGGAAUUUCUGUUUCACGAAAUUUUCGGUACAGACUAAUUUGAGUAUGAAGAUUUCGAUUUUUUCCAUUUCUGCCAAAUCUGAAGACGAAAAAUUGAUAACGCUAACGCCUAACUCGCAUUGGAGAAUGCACAAAUUACAUUUAACUCGCUAGUUUCAAUAACUAGUUUCAAUGAUCCUUAAUUUUGUUUCGUAGGGUUUUUUUGGCAAGGGUAUUCUCUCAAGAAGUAAACCAGAAUAUGACAAGAUAUCCAAUAUUUCACAACUUGCAUUCUCGAGCUCCGAUAGACUGAGAAGAUGUGAGAAUGAUUCUGGCUGAUUUUUAGUUUUAAUAGACUAACCUGUUAACAUUUAUUGUGUGUUGUUUCUUGUUGAUUUUUAGUGCCACCACGCGAGAGACGAAUUCGUCAAUCAAAAUUUCGGAAGUGCAGAAAGGAGAGGUGCAGAACAGCUAGAAUACAAAAUUUAUCAAUAAUAGCCUUUCUCACGAUGACGAAUAUCCGCCAUUUUUGGCAUCCAAUUCCCACCGUGGUCAGGCUAACUUUUCAGCCUGCCCAGUGUGGCUAUACACUCAGAGUAACAUCACAAACAUCAUAUUCACCAGUAGUACAUAACACCAGCAGAGAAAAAAUCAUCUAAUUCCCGUUAAUCAAUGCAGAAAAAUUAAUACAAUGUGAAAAGCAAAAAGCCACCCAAAAAUGGCGGCGUGAGAAAGGCUAAUUGUUGAAAAACCUUUGGCCAACAAAAUCUAAUUUUCUGUAAUUAACCAAUUAAUUUAACGAUUUUACACAUCAAGCGGAGAGCAUCAAGUGGCAAUCGAUGGGUUAAAAUUUAGAUUGUUUAUUACAUUUCGCACAAAACCACCUUUCAUCUUUAUACUAGAUAUUCUCAGCAUUUAAAAUGGAGCAAACUUCAUCACUUUCCCGAAGAAAAAGAUCCCGUGGUUUCUUCGCAAGAAGAACAAUCAUCUGAAGAGGAUGCUGAUGUGGGGACAGAUGGGGAUAAUAAGGAUGAUGACGAGGGAUCUGAGGUGGACAAUGACGAUGAUAAUGAGCGAAUUGAGGUGGACGAUGAUGAUGAUGUGAGGAUAGAUGAUGUUCUUCGUGAACUGGUCAACAAAGAGUCCAGUGAAACGGUAAAGAGAACUGUUGCAACCAGGGCGCUUAUAUAAUUAUAUAAGCGCCCUGGUUGCAACAAUUAUGACGAAGCAGAGUGCGACAUUUCUAGCAAGAUUUUUAGUUGUACCUGACGGAUACUGCAAUGAUUGUUGCUGCGCACUUAAGCUGCUACAAGGAAGCAAAUUAUGAUUAAAGCUUAUAAUCUUCUUCGGCCAUAUCAAACAGUCGACCACCAGACUGAGUGCUGUUUUCUUUGUUCUUCUGUUGUCAACUUGUUCACUUUCAAUACAUGUUCGCAAUCUUGUCGUGGAUAAAUUACACGGAAUGCUCGUUUUUGAAGCCUUUCAAUACGGUGAAACCCGCUAAUAAGAACCUACAUUUUACCAAAUCAGUUUCGGAAUAGGUUACCAUAUUCUAAAACCGUUUGAAUUGUUUCCAAUCUAUUUCAGACCAGCUGACGAGUAUAUUGAACAUUUUACAAAUGGAACCGACGCUGAAUCCCCAACUUUAAUUAAUGUUUUAUUAAUUCUUUCGUAUCAAAUUGAAUAUUCUCCCCUCUUCUAGGAUUUGAAACCUGUGAAACCUGAUCCCUACAAGAUAUACGAGUUUCUUCAACUCACUCUCGAAGAAGCGUUUUUCCUAAGCUUUGGUCUUGGUUGUCUCUCGAUCGCUCAUGCUGAACAGGUCAGUCUUCACACAGGGUUCGUAGCGGUCUUUGAAAUCCUUGAAAGUCUUUAAAUUUCAAUGCAGGUCUUUAAGGUCUUUGAAAAGUCUUUGAAUUGUGUGAAAAAGCGAAGAAAGUCUUUAAAAGUCUUUAAAUUCUUUAGUGAGCAUUUGAUUAUACGAUUUCCUAGCUAAUAAAAUAGAUUGAUUGAAGCAAGAUUUUCGCAAAUAUGGACGAAAAGGCGCAUUUUAGGUUGUGAUUUGACAGGACUAAUUAUUGGGUAAAAAUGUUGCUUUUACUCUUGCAAUUUUUCAACAGCUGAUUGCUCUCAAAGGGCUUUGAAAAGUCUUUGAAAGUAGGCAGCAAAAAUCUUUGAAAGUCUUUGAAUUUUUUUGGUCUUGGAGAUUACGAACCCUGUCACAUCUCACGGGCGUUUAUUUUAUGAAAAGCGGGGGACAGGACAAUGAUCGAAAUCCCGCGGCAUGAAAUAAUAUUCCAGACCUUUCGUAUUAGGUACCGUUCACAAGUGUGUUCUUUUUAGAAGCUCUCGCUGUCAUCUAUGUGGUCAGAAUUUUGCCGAAGAAAUGUGGAUUUUGUGAGAAACUAUGUGGCCUAUCAUUACUACCGCAGUAAAGGCUGGGUGCCUCAAGUUGGUCUCAAAUAUGGAACUGAUUUAGGUAAUAUACUUACUUUUUAAGUGUUUGAAGACUUAUUAUAAUGACAGGUCUUGACGUAGAAAUAUUAGUGGAAUUUGGAUCGAAUCAUGAAGUACUGUAG